AUGGUACGAGAGAGAUCUCACCAGGAAUAUGCUGCGACAGCAGCUCCGGAACUCACGCUCGAGGGGUUUCCUGCCGCCCAGCACCUGGGGAAGGUCCUCUUCCCGGUGCACCUGCUGAUGUGUCUGGCCUCCAUCACAGGAAACACGCUUGUCAUCACCAUCACCUGGGCUGACCAUCACCUCCAGACACCCAUGUACUUCUUCCUCAGCAGUUUUUCCUUUUUAGAAUGCUACUUUACAACCACCGUUAUACCUAAAUUGCUGGCCAUCUUUCUGCUGGGGAGGCAAAAAAUUUCCUUUGCUGCCUGCAUCACACGAGCCUUUGUCUUUCUUUUCCUGGGAGCAGCUGUUUUCUUCCUAAUGGCCGUAUUAUCCUUGGAUCGGUACAUGGCCAUUUGCAAGCCUCUUUAUUAUGCAACCACCAUGACCAAGGAUGUGUUCCCUCUGGCCACUGCCUGCCUAGUUUGGGGGUUCUCCCUCAUGGUGGUUCCAGUUACAAAGCUUUCUCAGUUAUCCGUCUGUGGCUCCCAUGUCCUUCCUCGCUUCUUCUGUGAUUUGGGGCCCUUGAUUAAUCUCCCUUGUUCUGACACCAGCUCUGUUGAAAUGUACUUCUUCUUUGUCACUUCGUUUGUCAUUCUGCUUUCCCUCAUUGUAACCAUCAUCGCAUACAACAACAUAGUCGCCACAAUCCUGCGACUCCCGUCAGCCAAGGAGCGACAGAAGGCUUUCUCCACCUGCUCCUCUCGCCUCAGUGUCCUCUCUCUGAUGCACGGCAGCUGCAUGCUUAUUUACCUGAAACCAAAGCAGGUGAGCAGGCUGGACUCCAACAAGGAGGCUGCCCUUGUGAACGCAGUGGUGGCCCCACUGCUGAACCCUGCCAUCUACACCGUGAGGAACAAGCAGGGCCACCAGGCUCUGAGGGACACACUGCCCAGGGUGAGGCUGCAGAAAUAG